AUGAGCCCCAAGACCUACUUCAUCUCCGGCGCAUCCCGUGGCCUCGGCCUUGGCUAUGCUCGCACUCUGCUCGAGAGCAACCCCGAGACUCGCGUCGUCGCCGGCGUCCGCAACCCGGGCAACGCCAAGCUCCUCGACGACCUUGCCGCCCUCCCCGCCAACAAGGGCCGCGUGCUCAUUGUCCAGUUCGACGUCGACUCGGAGGACAGCAUCAAGCGUGCGGCCGAGCAGCUCGCCGAGCACGAGUUCCUCGAUGAUGGCGAGCUCGAGGACGCCGGCCUCGACGCCCUCAUUGUCAACGCCGGCGUCUUUGUUGGUGGCCACAAGCCGCCCUCCGAGUUCUCGUUCGACGACCUGCGCGCCAACCUCAAGACGAACGUCGAGGGCGCCAUCCUCACCGUCCAGCACCUCUUGCCGCUCGUCCGCAGCGGCAAGAGCAAGCAGAUCUUCUUCGUGUCGUCGGUCGUCGCCUCGUUCGGCGGCUUCUACUCGGAGACGGCGGCGGGCGUCGCCUACUCGAUGAGCAAGUCGGCGCUCAACAUGUACGGCCUCAAGCUGUCGAGGGAGCUCGCCGGCGAGGGCUUCACCUGCGUCCUCUUCCACCCAGGCUACGUCAAGACCGACAUGAACUCGUUCGACAACGGCGGCCACAUCACGACCGAGGAGGCUGUCUCGCUCGCCACGAAGAACGUUUUCCUGCCCGCCGAGCCGGCGUGGAACGGCCGGUUCAUGGACUACGAGGGCAACGCCAUGCCUUGGUGA